GUUUGGAAAUACGGGAAGCUUUACAAUAAAGUUUGACGAAUUCAAAACAAGAUGGCCGCCCCCAUGUAAUACAAGGUCUGCUGAGCGACUGAUAACGUCAGGAUGAGCCGCUCCAACAAUCUCCUGCAGCAGAUGACCAUCUUUGUCACCGUGGUAACCGGAGGAGGCUGCGGGAUGAUGUACUACCUCAUGCAGAAAAAAUUUGCCAAAUCCGAGUACUUCCGAUCAGCAGUUGAGAAGCUAAAUGAUCACUCUACGGCGAUGGCGAAUCUUGGAGCUCCUCCCUUAAAAAUUCACAACAUCCAUCUCACAGAUCGGUAUAACCGCAUCGACCACAACAUUGCCCAGCUCAAAAUCCCUGUGACUGGCUCGAAGACAGGAGGCUACCUGUACACAACAUCCAACAGAGACGCUAGUAUGAACAGGUGGCAGCUCCAGCGUGUAGCUUUGCAGCUCAGGACUGGCAAGACCAUCGAGAUUUUUCCCCGAUCAGACUUCGAAUAGCUUUUACAUGUAGCUGGAACAAAGGGAAGAAAGGUUUAGUGUCAAUAAUAUGUUGGAUUCAACAAGAAAGAAAAAAAAAUCUAUGCUUUUUAACACGCAGCCCUGGUUUGACUUGAACGGCCCUCACACAUACAUACGCGCUUUUAUUUAUGCCUGUAUGUAUAAGAGCCAUUCAUGUCCAACUGUAUAUUUUAUAUAAUAAUGUGUAUAACGGUAGCCAAAAAAAGAGACAUGCUGUGAGAGAGACAUGAUUACAGUAAAAGAAUAAAAGGAAGUCGUACAUAUUAAAUUGUUUCGCUGUGGUUUUUGUGAAAGUGUGAGAGUUUAAACAUGAGUUUGUGCUCUCAGAUGGUAUAUAUGGCUGACAAAACAAAAGUCUUUUUUAAUUCGCAUGCUUCGGUCUUCAGUAGUUUGUCCAAGGCAGAUUGCUUUACAGAUGCAAAAUAAGAAAUCUUGUAUAAAUAAGAAUGUACAGUACGAUGGGCGUUCAGGUCAAAACAGGACUUGUGAUAAAAUUUCUUGUGAAUGAAGGUGUACAUGCAAUUAACAUUUACAGAAGACUUCAAGCACAGUACGGUGAUGAGACUCUGUGAAUGACGAUCCUGGUCGAGGUGGCUCGGAGCACACUGCAGUCAUUCCAGUGAAAAUUCAGCGAGUGGUAACUUGUCGAAAAAAACUUGUGUAAGAGACGCACCCGUCUGUGGGAACUGUACACAUAAUCAUUCAUACAAGUGCGUGAGUUAUUGCUAAUUGUACAGUCCUGACCUCAGUCCAAGUCAUUUUUACCUGUUUUGGGC